CAACUCCCACAAACAGAAUCUAAAAUCCUCUCGACAACACAACCAGACUGGUCCUCUCUGUUUUACAGUUCUAGGAUUGUCUAUUUCUCUCUUUGAGACACCAAGAACAAAAUCGAGAAUCUAAACGGGUCCUCUCUUUUAUAUCUUUUAUAUUUUAGAAAUAUCUAUUUCACUCAGAAACUAAACACUAAAUUGAUACAAAAUGUUGCCUGCAACUUUCAAACUGUGCGCUGGCAUCUCCUACAGACAUAUGAGGAACAUGACAGGUUUGAGGAAGAAUGCGAUGGUGGCCAUUCACCAUGAGUUGAACAUGCUAGCAGGCCCCAACCCUAGCAGCUGGAUCAGCCAUGUCCGCCGCAGGAGCUCACUGCUCAGCUCGCGGAUCGAGGAGGAGCAGGGCUACAAUGAGGCGGAGAUGUCAUAUGUGAAGCAGGGAGAGGAGGCGCUGCAGAAGUCUAUCAGCAUCCUCGGCGAUCAGGAUGGAUGGACCACUGAGAUCAUUGCUGCGAAUGGAGACAAGGUGCUGAGUAAGGUGUUACCUGAUGUGGGGAAGGUGUUUAAGCUGGAGGUGCUGUUGGACCAGCGCUCUGAUAACCUCUAUGUGGAGCUGGUGGGCAACAUGGAGCAGAUGGGAGACUGGAACCCUAACGUCAAAGAGGUCAAGAUCCUCCAGAAGAUAGGUCAGGAGACCAUGGUGACCCACGAGGUGUCGGGACCCACGCCUGGCAACGUGGUGGGGCCGCGGGACUUCGUUAGUGUUCGCUGUGCCAAGCGCCGGGGGUCCACAUGCUUCCUUGCCGGCAUGUCCACUCAGCACCCCACCAUGCCCGAACAGAGGGGAGUUGUUAGGGCAGAGAAUGGACCAACAUGUAUAGUGAUGCGGCCCAGUGCCGAUGACCCCAACAAGACCAAGUUCACCUGGUUGUUAAGCAUAGAUUUAAAGGGUUGGAUCCCAAAGACCAUCAUAAACAAAGUACUCUCUCAGACGCAGGUGGACUUUGCCAACCACCUGAGGCAAAGGAUGGCUGACAACAGUGUUUCCAUGGAGAUGGCACCAGCAUGCUGACACACCAUGCCCUUUGACCUUUCGAUUAGUGUGUACACCAAUGGCAGGCCACUAAAUGGACAGCUCCGCCCAGUCAUCUUUGCCACUUUCUCCAUCAAAGGCACUCCAAGAGAAUCAAAUUCUAACUACUCUCUUGAGUUCUUAGGACAGAAUUUCAGUACAAUUGAAUGAAACCUUCUUCUUUUGAACUCUGGAUGCAUUAACAGUAUAAAGUGGCUUGCUCUCCUCAUGUCCUUUCCUUCUCUCCUAUACACCUAACCUGUUCACACACCAGUCCAGAUGAAGGGGAGAGACUAGGGCUACGUUUACACAGGCAGCCCAAUUCGGAAAUUUUCCAUUCUAAUUGGUCUUUUGACCAAACACAUCAGAUCUUUUCAUAUUAGCUAUUUUUCAGAGCUGAUCUGAUUGGUCAAAAGACCAAUUUGUGAAAAGAAAGAUCAGAAUGUGGCUGCCUGUGUAAUCAUAGCCCUAGGAGAGGAUACUUAAGACUAGAUGCAACCUGUGAGCCCCCUUCACACACCUCCUUCUCAAAACAUAUACACGUUCCCACAAGUCUGUAUAGUGUCUCUACGGCACAAUAACCACCCAAGUCACUUUUUUUUCCAGCCAUGGCACUGGUAAUUACAUUGUCAUUGCACUCUCAAUGUGAAAUGUGCACUUUUGUUUCAAUAUUAUAUUUAUUGUAGAACAAUGUCAUUGCAUUACACUGGGUUAGGAUGACUGCCAAGUGAAUAAAUGAUUUCAACAUCA